AGCUAUCUCUAUCACAAAAAAAUCGAUAUAGAUUUGUGCUAUUGUAACACGACCCCGUUUCGUUAAUCACAUUAUUAGUUUCAUUGGACAGGAUGUCGUCUGCCUAAUUCAAAGUAUCGUUUGGCGUACUAAUAUUUCACCCAAAUCAUCGAUUUCCUGAGUUGUUUAUUCCCUUAUCUUCUGUUAUCGAUUCUAAGAAUGAUUAUUAUGGGGACGGCGCGCCAUGUUCCAGCCAAUGGGUCACUUGUCACUACUUACUUACUGGCCCGCUGUUUCUGUGAUGGCGUUAGCGCCGCAAAAAGCCGAGAAGUUUUGCCAACUUCCAAAGUGCUUCCUAUGAGACUAAUGCCCGGACCGUCAGGUCUAAUGAAACUCCCUUACAUUGGCACGGCACUGAUGUUCGCACCAUUCAGCAGACACUCUCCGGAAAACUUCGGAGCUCUGGUCGCAGACUUGCACGAGAAGUACGGUCCCGUGUUCAAAUCGAGGCUGGGAAAAGACUACAGUGUACACACUGACAACGCCGAGGACGCAGAAGCCAUAUUCAGAAACGAAGGUGCCUUCCCGCUGAGACGCCUCAUGACCUUGAGCAAAGUCUUCCGAGAACGAAACGGCCUCCCGCCCGCUCUUGGUACGGUGUCAGGACCAGCCUGGCAGGAGCUGAGAAGCGCCAUUAACCCCCUUCUCAUGAAACCCUCUGUUUGCAUCCACUAUCUUCCCGCCCAGAAUCAUGUCGCAGACGAUUUCGUGAACCAGCUGCAAAACCCAACACUUAGCCCUGAUGCCCAGUCAGAACUGCUCUUCAAGUUCGCACUUGAAAGUAUCGGCGUGGUUUGUUUUAACCAAAGGCUUGGCUUCUUAGAUCCCACUACAUGCGACUCCCCUGACCGCUUGGAGCUUUUACAUGCGUUAAAACUCUGUUUGAAAAGCAUUUUCUUAGCCAUGCUUGGCAUGGAGAGGCGCUACCUAAGAACAGCAGACGAUGCCUUCUAUAGAAGUUAUGAAAAUGCCAUGAAGUUGAUUCGCCAAAGGGCUAUGAUAUACGUUCGAAAAAUUGUCCAGGAUGUCAACAGAACUGACCUCGAGCGUCCAGCUCAGGAAUCAAACUUGCUGGAGUCGAUGCUCACCAAGGGAAACUUGCAGAUGGAAAAGGUUUUAGCUAUAAUUGACUCCAUGUUGAUCGGCGGGACAGACUCAACGGCUAGGAACAUGACCUUGCUAAUAUAUAACCUGGCCAUGAACCCGGAAGCUCAAGAAAGAGCGGCAAAAGAAGUCCAUGAGCUGGUGGGAUUGAAUGACCCCAUCACUCCUGAGGCUCUGGCGAAGUUGGUUUAUCUAAAAGCCUGUGUCAAAGAAUCGAUGCGCAUCAAUUUCCCUUUGGCUAACGGCACAGAGAGAAGCCUUAAUAUCGAUACCGUAAUCGGUGGCUACUUGGUUCCUAAGGGAACCAGCGUUAUCAUGUCCAGCAGCCGAAGCUCCCUGGACGCGAGGUACUUCAGCGAGCCGAAAAAGUUUCUGCCCGAGCGGUGGUUGAGACGGGAAGGGGAAGUCGUCCGUCAGGAUUCAGAAGACAAGAAAUGUCACCCUUUCGCCUACCUGCCAUUUGGCCACGGCGCCAGAGGGUGCAUAGGGCGCAGGUUCGCGGAAAUGGAGAUUUAUGUGGGCACUGCUAAACUGCUUCAGAAACUUAAAAUCACAGUCGAUCCCAAGUACGAGGGACUUAAACCCAUUUACACGCCAUUUAUCACCCCAGAGAAACCCAUACCAUUUAUCUUUACGGCUAGGCAACGAUAAAAGGCAAGCACUGCAAAUCAAACCUAAAAAAGGUUCUCAAACAGAUCUUUUAUCAAAUAUAGUGUAAAGACUGUUGCGAGUCUACCUACUGCUAAUAGACUUUCAGCCAAUACACAGGAGUAAUGUGCAUUAUGAAUUUUGUAGUUGCAGCAAAAACAUGAACCUCACUAAUAUUAUUUCGAGAACCUCUGGUUCCUGAUUUACUGUUUUGUUGGUCAGUCGUUGGUUUGUAACCCAAUACGACCAAACAAGUAAACCAAUGUAAGGCGUAUUAUAUUUUUAGUGAAAUAAACUUAAAAUAACUUGAACCAACGAUUUUUUGUAAACAGAAACUCAAUAUAGCUAUUAUUAUUAUUCUUAUCUUAUAUGAUACAGACGUUACUUCAAAAAAAAAGAUGGUUACGUCCUACGCGUCAUGCAUCUAGUCAUGCAUAUUAACCACUGACCUAAAUACUGCCAAGUCACUAGUUUUCCUGGCUAGCUCAGGCAACCCAUUCCAUGCUCUAAUAGCACUAGGGAAGAAGGAGUAUUUAUACUAAUUUUUACUAGCAUAUGGAACGAGUAAUGUGCCUUUAUCUUUGUGUCUUUCUGAGUAUUUUUAUUAAAUUUUGUUUUUGUAUUUGAA